UUCAGCAUUCAGCCUUAUAGUUUUUACUAAACAUUUUAAUAAGAUUAUUUUUUUCAUAAUUAUUACUUACUAUUUAGUAACAUAUGUAUUAGGUUAAAUAUUUAWAYAUCAAUAUAAGUAAGAAUAUUCAAUCGUUCACUGUUAAUGUUGCGGUUGUAAAAUUUUCAAAUGCUAACUACAGAUGGAUACAAAUAUUGGGGUUCUCGAGAAUGCCGUCAUACAAGUGGUGGUCGAGAGUGUUACACCGGAUAUGAUUGUAGUGUCAUACACUGCCAUAAAUGGGUCUGUUUACCAAGGCAUACUGUUGAACAAUGUCAAAAGGCGUUUUCCAUGUGGGAGUGUUCCUAUGACAAAACCUCCACUAUCGCCCAGAAAUUUAAAGACUGAAUCUGAUAAUGACAUUUUAUAUUCUGUAAGUCAACGUUUUACCUAUUUUCAAAACACCCCGAACACAUUAAAAAAAAUYCCCAGUAAAACUAAAAAAGUGAGAAAACCCAUGACUGUUCGUCUAAGACCUCGUGAAGUUCUAUGUUCAAAAUGUAAAUCAAAUUGUACUGACAAUUUAGACAAUGUUGAAACCUCUAAAGAUCUUGUCAAAAAUAAAAAUAAUACAAUUCCUGAAAAUAAUGGAGAAAAGAGAUUAUUACGAAGUCAUGGACCUGUUCCAGAUUUUCCUAUAAAAUCAUCAGAUUCUGUAUCAACUGUAUCUCAAGUUAAAUCUAUGUGCCGUACCCUGAUACCAAAACUUGUUAAAAUUAAAUCAAGAGAAAUAACAAAGGCACUUAAUAAUUAUUCAAAAUUUACUGAACUAGAUGAAUGGGUAGGUAACAAAAAAGACUGUGAAGAUGACUGUGAUAUUGAAGAAAAAAUGGUGUUAAGAAAAAAACCUAGCAUUGGAUCAAUGGAAGAUUUGUGGGAUGAAACAGCAUUUGAAGAAACUAAAAAAACACCAAUCAUAAAAAUAACAUUUGGAUCUCAAGGUGAAGGUACAGUUAUGGAAAUACCAUCUCGUCAAGCUGAUGGAGAUAGUGAACCAGAUAAACUCUUACGUAAAAGGGCAAAACGUAGAAGACAAGAUGGAGAAAAAAGAAAAAAACAUAAGAAAAGACAUAAGGAACAAGAGGAUGAUUUAGAAACUAAUAAUUUUUCA